GAUUGCUAAAAAAAAGUUUAAGGAAUAAAACAUUAGUCUGACUAAAUGGUCUUAUUUCUCAUAUAGCAUGACUUAUAUAAAAAGACGUGUAUUACCACAGCAUCCUCUCUUAUUUUCUAUGUUGGAUGUUUUAUUUGGGAAGGUUUAAAUUCCCAGCUAUGAAGGGCGAAACUGUGUUGCAUUAUGUUCGUUUACAAUGAAACAAUAUUUUUUUUGUGAGAGCUGACAAGGCACUUUCGAUAACAACAAAAGCUAUCGCGUAGUUUUACACAACAAGAAUCAAAACAUAACAUGAAGCAUGAUUAUGACAGCCAAAUCUAUUCCACUGAACUAAAGCUUAUUAAUCGCUAACAUGCUUUACAUGCCAUAAAAGUAUAGAAAAUAAAAUGUAAUUAAGGCAUUAUAAAAAGUUUUAUUAAGUCAAGUUUUUAUGAAUAGAGAUUGCCAAACAAAAGAACUGUGCAAUAUGAGAUUUGUAGUUUUAUGAGAAGACGAUAACCAGAUAUACAACAACAUUGGCCAACAUAGUUCUUCUGAUAUGUGCAAACACAUAAUUUUAUUUUUGUCCAUUGCUGUCAACUUUAGGAUCUCAGAAAGUGUUGAAAGUUUGGUUGCACAAAACUGCGUCCCCUAUAACGAUCUACUGCCUGAAGGUCAAUGCACCGAUGUAUUGUCGAAAUAUAACAUCUAUAAUUAUACGGAUUUGCAGAAUAAGGAUGAGUAUAUAAAGAUUGUGUUUGGAUUAGUGGUUGGAUGGAAAACUGAGAGCACAAACAAAAUAUCAAUUAAUACAUUUCGGAAAAAUCAUUUAGGUUCUUGCAUUCAUUUACCCAAAUUGGAAGAGAAUAUCAAACAAAUCACUGCAGUUCACAACAAGAAUAUCUCUGCCUUUGCAAAGUGUUUCUCUUUUGAUACAAAGUGGCUCAUUUGUCAUCUAAGUCAUUCAGUUUGCUUGAAGUCAUCUAUUGAUAAUUCAAUAACAUUAUCCCCUCCAUGUAAAUCAACAUGUAUCUAUGACAAUUGUUUCGCUAUUUUCAAAUAUGUGCUUAGUAUGUUAAAAGAUUUGCACACCAUCUGUCCAGCAUCAUCAUCUUAUCUCACCGAUAACAAAUUUAGUCUAAAUUGCAACGCUUUGCCCGAGGAGAAUAUUGCUUACUUUGAGCGCUGUCAAUUAAAAGAAAAUCAAAACAUUACAUACAAAACAAUGUGCUACAAUUCCUCCCUAAAGCAAGAUGAUUAUAUUGGCAAAGCUAAAGGUGGCCCCAAGAUUAAAUGCAUUUACUGGAGUGAUGCAAACCCCUUUAUAUCACCAAAAUUAUAUCCAAACUUAGUUAAAAAUUAUUGUAGAAAUCCACAAGGAUAUUAUAGUCAACCUUGGUGUUAUACAGACUUUAAGAGGCGUAGCUGGGCAGGAUGCGAAGUUGCACCAUGUGUAACACAGGAAGAAAUAGAUGCAAGUGGAACAUAUAAAAGGAAAUGUGCAAAGUACAAGAAUUUUUUGCCAGAUGAAUCUUCAACUUGCAGCAAAUAUCUACGCAAUCACAAGAUUUAUCAAAAUCUACGAACUGCUAAAAGAAAUAACGGAUCAGUAGAAGAUAUAGUCUUUUUAUUGGGAGUGCUUCACAUAUAUUUGAAAGAAAAUGCUUACGAAGGGGUAAUGAAAUAUCUGAAGCUGCAUCUACAUCGGUACAUCAAUUUUGGAUUCAAUCAAAUUUUGAAAAAAAUGAAGAAAAAGUUCGAAUACAUAUGGCGAUAUUAUUUAGAAAACAAAGUUCAAAUAGAUGCGAUAUAUUGUAAUCUACGAUUUCAAGUUUGUUUGACGUCAUCAUCAAACUUGUCAAUUCUUAUUUCGAGACCAUGUAGAAGUUUAUGCACGAAACACUCACAUUUUUUUCAAGAAGUGUAUCAAAUGGCAUAUCAGUUAAAAGGACACAUACCAGUAGAAUUAGCCAAUUUACCCGAUAUUGGAAACAAGUCAAUUUGCUCAUUACUUUUGGAAAAAGACGCAACACACGUUGAACGUUGUCAGCUCCCUCAAAUUUCACGAAGAACUGUUACGAAGGAAAGGGAAUAGGCUAUAUUGGCAACAUUAAUGUUACCUUCUCUGGCAAAUCUUGUCAACCAUGGAACAUAAAUCCUUAUCUUUCACUUGACAAUUAUCCAACAUUAGAGAAAAAUUUUUGCAGAGAUCCACAAGGCUACCUAUCAAAGCCUUGGUGUUACACCGACAAGCAUAUGCAACACUGGGAGUACUGUGAUGUAGACAACUGCUUCCACGAGAAAAGCACUUCUACAAAAAUUGACUUGAUGACAAGGAAUAUUUGGAAAAUCCUUAUACCAACUGGAUUAUUCAUAGUGGCGUUACCGGUGACUUAUUUUGUAAGGAAAAGCAGGAAAGUUCGUCAAAAGAGCCAUGAAAGUGCCUAUGCUGAAAUUAAUAUUAACGACAAGGAACAAAUAGCAAAGCUAGUAUUACAACACUAAAUUUAACACGUCGCAUGGAAUGAACGGUAACAAGGUAGAUAAAAGAUAAGAUUUUUGCAUAUACAUGACGACGCCCACCCAAGGAUUUAGUUAAUGGAAAAUGUGCAAAAAUAUAAACAAAUGUGUGAGAAUAUUGCAGACCUGAAGACUAUAUCAUGCUACGCCAUCAAAGAUCACUACAUACAUGUCACAAAAUAUAUUCCAAAAAAUUAGCUAAACCAAUAUAGCUGAAUGAUUGAUACAUGCGUAGACACACUUUCAAAUAUUGCCAUCUCACUCUUUCAUUCUUGGCUAGCAUGUUGCUUGAUAUUUGUGGUAUAAUUUGUAAACUUUUUUAACAGUUUAGUUUUAUACCUUUUGUAUACUAAAUAAAAUUUAUAAUUUUUGUCUUCAUAAUAAUGGCCGUCGUCUGUCUGUGCAUUCAAACGCGUUGUUGAUAUUUCUUGAUCUUUCCGCGUUUCAUAGAAACCUCACUAUUGAUUAAAACAAAUUUAAUAAAUUAGUACAUUUCCCUAAUUAAUUCAUUUUAAUAUAAAAAACUGAGCCAAAAUGAAUGAAUCAAGUGAUUAAAAUAAACUCCUGUGAUCCCAAUCGUCAAGUCCGCUCAUAAAACACAAGUGCAACAUUUCAAUCGACCUGUUCACAAUCUACCCUUACUCAUUUUCAGCUUGUGUUUACUUUUGCCUUUUCUCCUUUUGCGACUAGCCAAGUAUAUAUAUGAUAAUAUUUUUUUUGAACAAUUAUUUAUUCUUUAUUUAUAGUUUAUUUAUAUUAUCCUUACUUUCAAGGCCAUUUAUCGUUUUCUCUGCUUUUUGUCUAGUUACAAUUUAGGUUGAUUCCAUAUAUCGUUUCUUAAUUUCUCGUCGAUUCGAGCGUUUCAAUUUCUUUCAAGCCUUUUCAGUUUUUCUCAUCGCGGUUUUCUUUUUUAUUUAAUGUAUAUAAAAAAAUUUAUUUUUUGAACACUUAUUUAUUCUUAAUCUAUAAUUUUUUUCAUUUUUAUAUUUCAUUUUAGGGAGAAGAACAAUUUUGUACAAAAUUGAACCCAAAUAAAUGUUAAUAAUAAUAAUAAUAAUAAUAAUAAUAGUUUUACUGACUUGCUUUUUCCGCCAAUGCUCAUGUUACGAUAACCAUUUUGGUUUAAAAGUGAUUUUGCUGGCUUCAUAGGUCUCCCUUUGACCUUUUUUUCUUCUAUCUACUUUGUAACUAAAGGAAUAUUUAUUUUUUGUAUAUGUCACAUGCUUAGAUAAAUAUAUUAUUACCUUUAAAUCUUAAACCAAUUUUAGGAUUAAAGCUAUGCAGAGAGAUUUCAAGGCAGCAUCCUGCUUUAACUAGCUGUAGCUAUCCAUACUUAUUUCUAUCCUUUUAACGUUCUUAUUCAGUUUGGUAUGAUGUUAUUUAUUUUCAUUUUAGAGUUGUAGCAAUCUAACUUCCUCUUUAACUACCUCUGGCAAUAAA